GGUAAAAAGAACAUUAUGGUGGUGGUUGAUCACUUGGAGCAGAGCAAAAAUAACGACAAGGCUGCAAUCCUAAUGAGUCAGCCCAGCAUUGAGAAUAAGGCUCAGGAGCUCUUUCUCUUCAGCACCGAGGAGACCAUGCCUUGUGAUACUAAAGCUCUAUCUGAUACAGGAGAGAAAAAGUUUCAAGCUAUAAUGGCACUGAUAGCUGAAUGCAUCCUAUGUGAUUAUUGUACUCACCGAGGUCCUUUUACAAGAGGGUUACAAGGAUUUGUGGACCAGCUAUGUGAAAAUCCAGUUGCUAUUAUACGAAGUUCUCUGUGCUGGAGUUUGGUUCAGUGCCUGCUACUGAUUGGUCAAAGGAAAUUUCUUGUAAGAACUAUUCUGGCUUAAUGUCUGCCCCCCCCCCCCUCGUCUCUAUUCUCAGCCCUAUAUACAAAUAAAUUAAGUAAACAGGAGAACAUCAGCACCACAAUUCUCAAUCAAGCAGGGUAAAAGCUUGGAACAUUCUUGAAGAUUAUUGUUAUGGAAGUUGGUCCAAACAGAUAACAAUAGUUCAGGUGCCUCUGUUGAGUUUUCUUGUGAAAUUAAGGGAAACUGCACCAAGAAGAGUAAUUUGACACCAUAACAAACUGUAACAAACUGUAUUAAAUGUUUAUUUUCAUUUAAUAGCAUAUUAAUAUCCCCAUAUUAAUAUUUUUGUGAAAUUACAAAAUAAAAGUAAUUUUGUA